AUGGUCCCUGAAGGUGCCAAGCCGAAGCGCCAAGCUAGCAGAAAGACUGGUACCGGCCGAUCUGGUCAGAUGAUGAUCUACGUCCUGACCGAAAUACCAGCCGGCACGGAAAUCUUCAAUACCUACGGGGAGUUCUCCAACGACAAGCUCCUUCAAGACUACGGCUUCGUGCUGGAGCAGAACGCUUUCAACACCGUCACGCUUGCAAGGAGCCUGUUGGCCCCUGGGCGGCGUUUUCGUCGUCAGCUACGCUUCGCCGCACAGCACGCGGCUGUUCUCGGCCUCACCCAGGCUGGCAGCGACGAGGAGGAGUCGGAGGAAGGCAGCGAAGAUGCAGAAAUGGGCCCCGGCAGCAGCCAGGAGCAAGGACUGGCCACCUUUUUUGAGCUCGACCGCGGGCCUCUGCCAAAAGCGUUGCGAGUGCUACUUGCAGUAUUGAGCCUUCCGACCUCCACUCUGGUCCGGGCGCGUGCUGCGCCACCGGGGGUGCUCCGGCGCUUUCUUCGCAGGUCCUCCCGGUGGGUCCUCGAGCUUCCUGUGGCACGCCGCGCGCUGCGCGCGGCACUGCGCCGGCGGAGCUCGGCGGCGGAGGCGGCUGAGUUGAGGAGGCGCUGGGAGGCGGCAGAACCUCCACGGGAGAAAGCGGCGCUGGCCUUGCGAACCAGCGAGCAAGCUUUGCUAGAACAUCUCCUGGAUCGGGUCCGACAGCGCCCUCUUCUGAGCCGCAAGCGGCGAACGCUGAUCUCACAGCGGCACUACACCGGCAUUGACGGACUCAUCGAGUCUGUGCCGGGCACCCUGGCGGAGAAGCGGAAGAAGGAGCGAAAAGGUCUGCGGAAAAACCAGACAGCAAAGUGGCAACAGGAGCGGCGAGAGCAGCUGCAGUCUUCAUUCCUUUCCAGAAGGACUUGA